GAUUUUCUCGGUAAUAAACGUAUUUGUAAUUUGCUUAAUAACUAUUAUCCAAGCGAAACCGCAGUACAUUGUAGACAUCAUAGAUGUCGAGUGGAAUGUAACAAGUAAAAAUAAUUGUGAUAUGGAAUGGCAGAUUUCACAACCUACACGUGGAACUUUUGCUAUUAGUGGAUUUCUUGAAUUCAAAGAAGACAUCAAUACCGAUAAUGCCAAGGGUUGGGUUAAUAUCUACUACAGUUCCAAUGCCAUUUCCUAUAUGUUGACACCCUUCCAUAUACCGCGCACUGUCUUCACGGAUGGAGUAAAUUUUCUUUAUAAAAAUUAUUUAAUGGAUGCGGUGAAGAAAUGUUGCGAAAAUCCCAUAGAUUUCGAAAAUAAAUUUGUGCAACCUUUAACGAAGCGUCGUAUGAUUUGCGAAAACUGUAUACUGCCAAGCGAUAAUUUUCCCUCACACAUGCGCAUGGGUUUCUAUAAGAUGGAGGGGAUUUCAGCUGGUGAAAUUGCUUUCGCUAUGACAUUGACCGUAAAAUUGGAGAAAGAAUAAAGUUGAAGUUUAUGAAUUAGAUGAUUAAUAAAAGUAUUUGUUUGUUAAAUUUUAAAAUGUAAAAAUAAGUUUGGUGGAAUUAUUAAAAUCGUCCGUUUUUAAUUGA